GUUAAAGAAACCGUUUAAAGACAAAAAACCGCCGAAAACCGUCAGAAAAUUUUAAACGGUUAAAACCCCAAAUUCAUCAUUUUGUUUUGAUUUCAUGAUUUGUUUCUCUUUGGGUAGAAUGGAUGAAAGUGAACCAGAAAUGGGCAUAAAAGUGUACAAUGCAACUCCACCAGCAGGGGAAGGAGGAACAAACAAGAACAAGCGUCGUGCAUUGAUGGCAAAGGGUGUUCAGAAAACGCUAUCCAAAACUUCUCUCCUCGGAAACUUCCUUCCCACGGGCACUCUCCUCACCUUCGAGAUGGUGCUGCCUUCAAUCUACAAGAACGGAGAGUGCAGCCACGUGCAGACCCUCAUGAUCAACUUCCUCCUCGCUGUCUGCGCCCUCUCAUGCUUCUUCUUCCACUUCACCGACAGUUUCCACGGUCCUGACGGAACCCUCUACUACGGCUUCGUCACCACGCGCGGUCUCUCCGUCUUCAAGCCUUCUCUCCCCGCCGUGCCUGUGCCGGGCGACGACAAGUUCAAGGUGGGGUUCACUGACUUCGUCCACGCGGUCAUGUCCGUGAUGAUCUUCGUGGCCAUUUCCGUUUCCGAUCACAGGGUCACCAACUGUCUGUUCCCUGGGCGCGAGAAGGACUUGGAGCAGGUUAGGGAGAGUUUUCCUCUCUUGGUCGGACUCCUCUGCAGUGGCCUGUUCCUCGUCUUUCCCACUUCCAGACAUGGAAUUGGUUGCAUGUCUGCCUAGUUGUAUGUCUGCCUAGUUCCUUCCGUUCCUUUCUUUAAGAUAUUGUCUUUUCUGUUUCAUCAAUAAAUAUUAGGGUUCUAAUGUAUAUAUCAUGUAUGAUUCUCUUCAUAAUAUAUGAUGUAUGAUUCUCUUCGUAACUGACAUUCUCAACAGUGUGUGUUCUCUAUUUUUUUCUGUACAUUAACAAAACUGGGAUGCUCAUACAGCUCUCAAAGUUGGUGGAGUCUCGAGUUAGUACAGGGUCUGUGUUUCUUUGAGAUUUCAUGUGAUAAUUUUGAAGCCAAGUAGUUUUUGCACUAAUCGCAGCAGUCAUUGUCAUAUAAUGGAGUGGAGUAGUCCAUCCCGAAAAUUCUACAUCAAGAUAGCAUAUAGCGGGAUGAUUACUUAUUUAAAUCCUAAACCCUUCGCAUAGAUUUGUUUAAAACAUGUGUAUGCUGAAAUAAAAUAGAAAAACAUUUGAAUUUAAAGACAUGCACAAUGAAUGAUCAAAAUCUAGUGUUUGAGAUGCCGAUCGGCUGAGCACUACGUGAAUCUGCUGGGUUUGUUGGGAAUUUGCCAGGUUAAAACGGACUUUAUUUCUGCUAAUGCAAUAGUAGCCAAAGUGGCACAAAUGGCUGCGGUUAAUAUUGCUCUUGGUGUGACAGCGAACUGUGAAAUGAUGAGCUUCUGUGGAGCAGCUGCUAGCUGUGUCAUGAAGCUGUUACAGUGCCACUAAACACAUGAUUGAAAACUCUGGCUCUAAUAUAAUUUGUUUUGCUGCUUAUUCUUUUUGGUUCAUGUCAGGAUCCUUAUUAUUCUGCGGUUAGCAUCUUGGAU